AUGUUCAAACCAUUGAAAUAUUUAAAAUUGAAUAGCUUUACGUUAAUCGCAGCCAAUGCACCCGUUCGUCACAGGGCUUGUAAACGUGAGGAGCUCGAUUGGCGUGAUGUGAUCUCGGAGGCAGAGCAAAUCGUGGGUUACCCUACGUCUUUCCUGAACCUGAGGUGGCUGUUCAAUGAUGAGAUCGCUAACACGGCUAUACAGUUGAGGAAAUUGGUCGGCACAAAUCAUCCGCUCUUAAAAUCAGCGAAGAACCUACUGAUCGGCUCCAAAAGCAAUCUUCAAUCAGUGGGUCUCAUAAUACUUCUGGUAUCAAAAGCCGCCGGUAUCGAUGUCAGGAAGUACACGAUUGAUCAUUACGACUCAGGAGUCCUCCACGCACAGAGGGCGCUGGCUGAGAUCGUGGAAAUGAAGAGAACUGGUCAUCUGAUACACAAGACUAUGGCCAAUUUACAGGAGAAGGAGAGACACGGGAAGAAGUAUAACGAUCUGUUAUAUGGGAAUAAAAUUGUAUUGCUGACAGGAGACUAUUUGCUAGCAACGUGCCUCCAACAUUUAGGCGGUUUGCGUAACAAUGAAGUGACCGAGCUCAUCUCGACUGGUCUCCGAGAUUUGGUAGAAGGAGAUUUCCUAGGCGACCACGAUGAUGAUCACAAUCCUUUGCCCAGUAGACCGAAAGCCAGCAAUGAAGUAAAGAGUCACUAUGUCUGGGAAGAUGAGGAUAACCUUGCUAAACUUGGUUCGAAUGAGUUUCUCGGUCAGGGUAAAGACGAGUGGCUUUUACGUACAAUGCUAACGUCUGGAAGUUUACUUGGAAAGGGUUGUCAGGGUGCUAUGAAACUUGCUGGUUGGGGGAAAGAUAUGGAGAGACAGGCUUAUAAUUUGGGAGGACACCUAGCUAUAAUCUGGCAAUUAUAUCUGGACGUGAAAAGACUUCUUCACACACCCAUAUUCUUAUUCUUAGAGAAAAAGCCCAUAGAAUACAAGCAGUUAUAUUACGCUGUAAGGGCGACGAGAUCUUUGGAGUAUUUGACGGUAUUUCUUAAUGAGGAAAUAGAUGCUAUAAUGAGAUAUAGUGACCAAUUCCCAGUCAAGGACGCCCGUGCGGCGAUACAGAAGAUGGCUCUGACAGUACAUAACGAAACGCUACAAUAUAUGGAGUGA